AUGGAUGCGGACUGGGACGAGGUCACCCGCAUCGCCUAUCCGGCGCCCGGUACCAAUGACUUUCCACGACCGGCCACCGCUGUGGCUUUCGAUCCGAUCGCAGAGCUCCUCUGGGCUGGCUUCGACCGGGGUCGCGUUUGUUCCUUCUACGGCCGUGACCUGACCCGAUACACUGCAUUCAAGAUCCAGCCCGCGUCCGAAGGUCCUGUUCGCCAAUUUCUCUUCCAUGACAAGGGAGUCAUCGUGCUGGGCACUCGGAGCGUGCACAUGGCCAUGCGCCGGGGUCCGGCGUUGUGGAAUAUCCGCCAUGAGAACAUGAAGGAUCUUCGAUGCAUGAGCUUCACCUCGAAAGGAACCCAGGAGAUCAUCGUCGCCGGGUGGCAAGAUACCAUGCUUGUGAUCGAUGUCCUCAAGGGGGAUAUCAUCAAACAGAUACCAGCUCAGCAUCACUACAGUAUCAUGAAGAAGAGCCGGUACAUUUGCGCCGCCACCAAGACUGGUUCUGUUGAUCUCAUCGAUCCGCUUAGCUUCAAGAUCGUUCGGAGCUGGCAAGCUCAUGCAUCAUAUAUCAACGAUAUGGACGCCCAAAACGACUUCAUCGUGACUUGCGGGGGCUCUCUCAAGCAGCAGGCAGCCCAAACCUACAUGCUCGACCCCUAUGUCAACGUCUUUGAUCUCAAGAACAUGGCCUCGAUGAAGCCCAUGCCAUUUCCCCCAUUAGCAGCGCACGUCAGGCUCCACCCGAGAAUGCUCACAACAGCCAUCGUCACCUCCCAGCACGGGCAGAUGCAUGUGGUUGAUAUCAUGAAUCCAAACUCGAGCACAGUCCGAUACGCCAACAUUUCCUCUUAUGUCAAGUUGUUCGAGAUUGCUCCCUCGGGUGAGGCGCUUGUCAUUGGGGAUGCAGAUUGCAAUAUCCAUCUCUGGGGCUCACCUACCAAGAUUCACUUCACGGACAUGGCUAUCCCAAUCGAGUUGCCAGAACCUGAAGAGCCCGCACCAGUGCUCGAUUGGUCGAUCGAAACACCUCUAAGCUCGAUUGGGCUACCCUACUACCGCGAGCCUCUGUUCUCGGCUUGGCCUGCUGAUAUCAUUUCCGACGUCGGUGCACCCCCUUUGCAGCUUGAGCCUUCGUUUGUCGCUACCCUCAAGCAGGCAGAAUGGGGGCUUUAUGGGAAAAACACUAGAAAUGUGCGCCGAAACCAAGUCGAGGAUACUCGAAACACAAACAAGCAGUCCAAUGCCUUACAGGCACCAAAGUUCCUCAGUGAAAGGGCGAGGGAGUCUGCUCUGUCCUCAGGCGGUGACUCCUCGUCUGAUCCUCAAGUCGAUCAAGAGCCCGAAGACCCGAACGAAAUUGAAAGCUUGAAACCCGAAGCACCCCCUCUAUACCGAAAUCUUGAGAUCAAAUACAGCAAGUUUGGCGUGGACGAUUUUGACUUUGGCUACUACAACAAGACCCGCUACGCUGGUCUUGAAAACCACAUCCCAAAUUCCUAUGCGAACUCCCUUCUGCAGCUUAUGCAUUAUACGCCGUUGCUGCGGAAUAUGGCUCUUCAGCAUGCUGCAACAGCUUGUGUGAGCGACCUGUGUCUCUUGUGCGAGCUAGGCUUCGUCUUUGAUAUGCUGCAAAAGGCAGAGGGUGCAACAUGCCAGGCUACGAACAUGUUCAAAGCUUUAAGUGGCACCCCUCAAGCGGCGCCUCUUGGACUCCUCGAGGAGGAAACCCAUGUGCCAUCUUUAGCCACAAUGGCUCAAAACUUGAGUCGAUUUCUUCUUGAAAAAAUCCAUAACGAGUACAGAACAAUACCCCCGAUCUCAACUGCUCUGGAACAAUCCCUCUUUAACUUUCCCCACCCUCCAACCCCUGACGAGCUAGUAGCCAAGGUUCUUGCGACUUCGGCUGUUGCGACGAUUAAAUGUAUGAACUGCCGGAGUGAGACUACCCGGCCUGGAACCACCCAUGUCAUCGACCUCUUGUACCCCCCACCAAAGACAGCGGGUCGGGGAGGGCGGGCGUCUAAAGUUACCUUCUCACAAGUGCUCAAGAUGGGAGUCGAGAGGGAGACAACAUCCAAGGGAUGGUGCAGCCGAUGCCAACGGUAUCAAAACCUCCAGAUGCGCAAAACUAUUCACAGCGUUCCGGCUGUGUUGGUGGUUAACGCCGGUGUAUCGAACCAAGAACAUCGGAAACUGUGGUCUACUCCUGGCUGGCUUCCUGAGGAGAUUGGCAUCAUUGUGGACCAGGGCCAAUUCUUCUGCUUUGAAGGCGAGGAUCUGAAGUUGCAUCUUCAACGCGGCAUUCAUAACAUCACAGUCUAUUCGUUGAUCGGCAUGGUAAUCAACAUCGAGAGCCAUUCACCACAAAAGUCUCAUCUAGUUGGCAUUAUCAAUGUUGCUCACGCCGAAGCCACACCCCCGGGAGAAAACAAGUGGCACCUCUUUAACGAUUUCUCGGUACGCCCUGUGUCAGCCGCCGAGGCAUUGACAUUUAACGCGGCGUGGAAGAUGCCUGCUGUUCUUCUCUUCCAAAUCAAGUCAGCAAACAACAAGAGCAACCUGGAUUGGAAGACUAACUUGGACACGUCCAUCCUCUACAAGGAUACCAACCCUAACACAGAGAAAAAGACAUAUCGCACCCUGGACCAGGAACGCGAGAGACCUGGACCCGACACGAUUGUGGCUCUUGAUACGGAGUUCGUCUCGCUCAAGCAGCCCGAAAUCCAAAUGAACUCGGAUGGAGAAAGGGAGACCAUCCGACCCAUGUCACAUGCGCUGGCGCGCGUGUCUGUUGUGCGCGGCCAGGGCGAGAAUGAAGGAAGUGCCUUCAUCGAUGAUUACAUCGCGAUCCGCGAGCCCGUUGUUGACUACCUAACCCUCUACUCUGGCAUCACCGCCAGCGACCUUGAUCCGCGAACGUCCAAACACAACCUCGUUUCUCUCAAAACUGCAUACAAGAAACUGUGGGUGUUGCUUAAUCUGGGCUGCAAGUUCCUAGGCCAUGGCCUCAAACAGGACUUCCGGGUCAUCAACAUCCAAGUACCCCGCGCCCAGGUCAUCGACACGAUCGAAGUCUUUUACCUUAAGUCACGCCUACGAAAGCUAUCGCUUGCCUUCCUGGCAUGGUACCUGCUCAAAGAGGAUAUCCAGCUUGAAACACAUGACUCAAUUGAAGACGCGCGUACAGCUCUCAAGCUGUACCGCAAGUACCUCGAGUUUGACGAUGCCGGUAUCCUGGAGGCAAUGUUGGAGGACAUCUACAAAGCAGGAAGGGCGACGAACUUCAAGCCGCCGCGCCGUGAGGAUAGAGAGAAGGAACUCCAGCGCCAAAGCACCCCGCCAAAUUCGACGGCACCAAACGAUUGCGGGGCUAAGCCUGAUGGAAAUGGCAAUGAGAAUGGUGGCGAACCUGCAACACCAGCCCGUAAGACUGGCGGUAUAACGGCCCCGACGUUUGGGGCGGUGAAUGUGUUUGGGACUCCGUCGAAGGCGUCAUCGCCUCUGCCGAAGUGA